AUGAUUAUCAAUCAAUGUUCACAACGACGAUAUCUCCGAAUCCGCGGAUACAGUAAUCGAGACGAAAUCAAAGUGCACGUAUUGCCAAAUAAAGAUGCAUUUUCGAAUGGCGAAAGCUGCUCUAUAGUAUCACUGGGGGUUGGGAGAGAUGUGAAAGUGGAAAUGUCUAUGAAGGAAGACAUGCCGAAUUGUUCAUUCUUUGGCGCUGAUCCUAUAAAGGAACCAAAUCAGGAAAUGUUUGAAGCGGUAGGUGUCUUCUAUCAUAUUGCUGUUGGUGGUAAAAACGGCACCUCGAUGGCCACAGUUCUCGAGCCAGACACUAAACGGUACCGUAUCCGAGAGGUGAACCACGUGGAUAUAGCGACCUUUCUAGGAAGAUUCAUUAGAAAACAGAUCAAUGUUGAAGUCCAUAACCCUGAUUACGAACAAAAAGUGCUUUUCUUCGAGUUCUUCCUGGAACUGCUAGAUGAUCGCCGAUACAUUCCUGUGGUUGCCGACACAAUGUUAGGACACUUGAGGUAA